AUGCGUCGUCGCCAACAACCAACACCAAGCUCUUCCUCCGACGACGACAGCGAUGGGUCAGACAUCGAGAGCUGCUUUGACAUAGGGGAUGAGCAAGAGGAGACCGACGCUGAGACCGAGCCGACGGACGUUGAUACCGAUGUCGACGGAGACGACGAGGCAGACCUGCCAGAUCUGGAGUGGCUCGCUCACUCGGACAAUGCUCACACCGUGCCGAUGGACGUCGAUACCGACGUCGAUAGAGAUGACGAGGCAGAUCUGGCGUGGAUCGCUGGAGAGGAGAACGCCUACCCGCUAGAGUACUACCUCGAUCAAGAGAAUAACUCCGACGAAUCUGAGGAUGAAGAGGAGGACUAUAGCGAUGGCAGUCUCCUCCUCCUAGACAUGAUCGAGGGACAGUUCGAUCGGUACUGCAAGUAUGUACGAAAGGAUCCUGCCCGGAUAAUGCAGGCCAUCUCUCGCCGUACCCUUAAGGCCUUCUUCGAAUGGAUGUUAAAUCAACCUCGUGCACGAACGGGCGACUGGGGAGAAGAUCGAGGGGAAGAUGAACUAUCACAUGCAUCGGGUCCUCAGGAAGCUGGCGAAGAAGUACCGCCUGUCGACGAAAAAGCGCAACAACACGGCGAUGUAUAUCGAGGAUCUCGCGAGACUCCUGCAGACCAACCUGACGACGACGAAGUAGAGGUACCUACACGGCCGGCACUGUAUCGAAAUCAACCUCUUCGGCCAGCUAGUGAUAUCGUAGUGACCCUGCUCCGGGACCCGAAUAGCGGGCCCCAUCGGCUCCUGAUCGAGUUCACGUACGAGUUCACGAAAAAGUAUCUCGGCACGAAAGAUGCAUAA